AGGGGGAGUUAAUGAUUUACCAGAGGCUCAUUUCACAACUUACCAAGGGUCAGCUUCCCUUGGGCAUGUACAAGUUCGGUCCUCUGGGCUCCUCACCCCUUGCCAGCUUCCACCCGGAAGGUCCCCCAGGCAGCCCGCAGCAUGAUCUCCAUCACCGAAUGGCAGAAGAUUGGUGUGGGCACCACCGGCUUCGGCAUCUUCUUCAUCCUCUUUGGAAUGUUCCUGUACUUUGAUUCGGUGCUCCUGGCCUUCGGAAACCUGCUGUUCCUGACUGGCCUCUCCCUCAUCAUCGGCCUGAGGAAGACGUUUUCCUUCUUCUUCCAGAGGCACAAGCUCAAGGGGACCAGCUUCUUCCUGGGGGGCGUGGUCAUCGUGCUCCUGCGCUGGCCCCUCCUGGGCAUGUUCCUGGAAACCUAUGGCUUCUUUAAUCUCUUCAAGGGCUUUUUCUCUGUCGCCUUUGACUUCUUGGGCAAUACCUCCAACAUCCCCUUCCUGAGCGUGCUGUUCCGGAGGCUUCAAGGCACCAGCUCAAUGGUCUGAACAGCAGAGAUAAGCUGCUUGAACUUGGAUCAUUGGUUCAGGGGGCUGGAAAGGAAAUGGGGGCCACCCCCUCAGGCCCCCACCCUGCACUGACUCAUCUCCCCAUCGUACCCGGACCUCUCCAAGUCCAGAAGGAAGGAUGGAGCCGAGUGACUGACCUCAAAUCCCCAAGUCAAUGCAAGACGCUGUCAGGACCAUUGGGAGCAGAGAUCCAGGUCCUGUGGAGAUUGAACGGGGAUCACACCCCACCCUGUAUUUAUCAGAGGAAAAGCAAAGAUUAAAUCCCCAAGCUGUAAAUGUG